AUGACUAAAAAGAUCAUUAAUAAGGUUAAUAAAGGGGAUAAAAUUAAGAAAUCUGAAUUUAUCAAAUCUUUAAAAGAAAAUCUUUCUAAAAAAUCUGAUAUGUCAGAAAUUUCAGACAAUAGUGAUAAAUUAAAGGCUAAUAAUGAUUUAAAAACUACCAUAGUUAAGGAGAUAGAGAAUCAUAAAAAAGAUGACAAAGGAUUAAAUAAAAGUAUUUACAGAAACAACAAAGAGUUUACUGAUGAUAGUAUCAUUAAAUAUUACAAUGAAAAGACAGAAGCUAACGCUAAAAAUAAUAGAGACAGUGAUAAAGAUGAUGAAUAUUAG